AUGCAGCAGAAGCUCCCAUUCGAGUCGCUGAGUCGUGUUCCUCGAGCACAGAAGCCGGAGCCGACUGACGUAGAUCCAGAGUCGCCAGCUUCCCCUUUGUCACCACUUUACUCCCCCUGGCAGUCAUUCUCAGUAGAGCAAUUCAAGGCAAGCAAGGGCGCCAGCAUCCGCAAACUGCAGGAGGGUGAAGUUCAGGCCAUCCUGGACAACUGGGACAGCUCUUUGUCGAGAAUUUCGCGGAAGUCCUUUCAGUCCGUAACUUUCCCAGAGGAAUGUGAGCGUACCGACCUCCCGCCCAACCGCCUCAUCCACGAGGUGCACAACGCCCACAUGUGCCGGCUCUCUAAGGAGAUCUCGGAGGACCCUCGCAAGUUGGAGGAGGAGAUCGAAUAUCGACGAAAGUAUGACUUCGAACCUGAGUCGCGAGCAACGCGUCAGGCUUAG